AUGUCGACCAUUGUCCUACCAAGACAAGUGCAUACGACGCGAAGCUCAUCCCCUCGCCCGCUCACAUCGAGUCUCUCUCUCGAUAACAUAAAUACAGCAACGGCUUGUCCAGUGCCAGUACCAAACAAGCAUCUGCCAGUGUGCCCACCAGGCCCACCUCCUAGUCAGAAGCCGGACACCCCUCCGCACAGUCCACCUUCGAGAGAAGCUACUCUACAACAUUCCAAAUUAUUCCCCCCCGAAAACUAUACACCAAGAUAUUUGGGGUUGCACACUGUUUAUGAGAUCGACGCGGAUGGCAUUGCUGCUGCUCUGGACCAUAUCGCCCGCCAGCCACUUCCAGAUCCAUCCCUAGUCUUCCCUUGGUUUCAUGGCCUCCACCCGUGCAAUCACAUUCAGCAAGCCUUCUUCAUACCCCGACGGCGGCAUAUACGCAAGACCCCAAAAUGUCUACGUGGAAUCACAAUUGUCAAGGCGGGCGGGGAUUUAAAUUAUGCGAGGCUGAAAGGUGCAAUUGCUCCAGAUGAGUUGCUUCUUCAGGCUCCAGCCAAAGCCGCGUUUCUUGAAGUUGAUCCAAAGGAAGGCUUCUCGGUGCGAAAUUUUCAAAUUCAAGCCGCCAAAUCUGCUAUGGUCUCAGAUAUCAUAGUCUAUGGAGAAGAUGGGUUUGAGGCGCAAAGGCUUGCCCAGGAAGUGGCUGCUGCUCAACAGGCGUGGAGAGAUUCACAUGAGGAAAAGGGCCAGGAGCUGCCUCAAUAUAACACCUUUCUAUGCACCAGCCCAUUCAGCGAAUUCGAAGAGAGGCAUGCCGAUAUUGUAGCUACGGAUUCCAUGGGCCAGAUGACCGGUCGAGUUAUGGACUUUUUCCAUCAGGAAAGGAUCGAAAUGUGCACGAUGACCAAAGCAUCAGAAAUCCAUCACAACGUAUGGCUUGGUCCUACACCUGAUCCUGCCAUAGACCCUUCUCUACUCGAAAACGACGAGCAAUUUGAUAUCCUUAUUGAGUGCAGCGAUCUCGGGCGUGUAAAUGCUGCCGUUUUGCAGGCCAUAGCCGAAGGCGCAGAUUUGGGAGAGCAGCCGGUAUAUCUUGGAUUCCCAUCAUCAGGUAGCGUUAUGCCACCAACAUGGUCUCAAGCUGAAGCAGACGGGAUUAUGGAGACCUGCAAAUGGCUCUAUAACCUGGCCCAUGGCAUUGCUCCCUGCGCCUCUAACAUCGAUGUCGAGGGGGAUUCUCCUAUGCCCUUUUCUGCAGUUGAACCUAUGAAGAGUCGGGAGAAGAAAAUACUCAUCCAUUGCACAGAUGGCUAUACAGAGUCUACGCUCCUUGGCCUUGCAUAUUUCACCUACGCAACUGGUCUCCCGGUGCCUACUGCCUGGCUUGAUCUUCAUAUGUCCAAGGGCCGCAACUUCUUUGCCUAUCCAACCGAUGUUGCUUUGCUCGCCUCAAUUGCCCCACGCCUUCUCUCAGAAUCGCCGGUGAAUGUGGACAAGUCUCUCUGUGAGAUCACAAAGCUCGCAAAGGAAGAACCCGAAUGGAUUAAAAACAUGGAUGGUUCUUUGCCCUCUCGGGUGACUGAUUAUAUGUACUUGGGUAACUUGGGCCACGCUAACAAUUUUGACCUGUUGAGGCAGAUGGGGAUUGGGCAAAUCUUGAGCGUGGGUGAGACAGCCACGUGGAAAGAUGGCGAGUUGGAAAGUUGGGGUAAGGACAACGUCCUGGUAAUUCACAGGGUGCAGGAUAAUGGUGUUGAUCCUCUGACGUCGCAAUUUGAAAAGUGCUUGCAGUUUAUUGACCGCGGGAAAGCCAAUAAUACUGCAACACUAGUACACUGCAGAGUCGGCGUGUCUCGAUCGGCGACAAUCUGCAUCGCAGAAAUUAUGAGAUCGAUGGGCCUAUCUUUUCCUCGAGCAUACUGUUUCGUCCGCGCUCGACGGCUGAAUGUCAUCAUCCAACCUCAUCUACGCUUCUCCUACGAGCUCCUGAAAUGGGAGGAGAAACUCCGAGGAGGGCCUCACGGUGACGGUCGCUUCAAACGCGAGCUCGAAUGGGCCGAUAUUUCCCGGGAGGUUGCAGCCAUGAACAAACCUUACGCUCGGAACGCA